CUUCCACACUCGAAAUAGCUACGUUACAGAGGAGAGUUGGAACGUGUUCUGGGAGUGGGUGUGUUUGUUUGAGUUCAGUGUGUGCAGAAAAGGCAAGCCUCCACAGCCACUCACACACUUCCCUCUUCAGCGAUGGGUACGCAGACAGCCGAGCUCCUGGACUAAGUCUCUGAAUGUGUAUCUGAGACUUCCCCUUACUGAGCUCCAGAGGCUCCCAGUGACCUCUUGGUAAUCAGCCUUGGUGGAGCCCAAAUCCCCACCCCUCAGAAAACUCACGGAGCCUGACGUCUGCCUGUGAGCAGCUUUCAGGAAAGACCUCACAAGCGCCCACCCACCCAAUCUCUCUUGGUAGCAAAUAGCUCAACCCAAGCCCAUUUCCUCAAAAGAUGGUGGAGGACUUAGCAGCCUCCUAUAUUGCUUUGAAAUUGGAGAAUGAAAUUCUGCAGGCCCAAGUGCAGCGGCUGAUGGAAGAAAAUGCUGCCCUUCAGGCCCAGAUCCCAGAGUUCCAGAAGUCCCGAGAAGCCAAAGAGGAUGAACCAUUCCUAAAGCCCUCAGAGGCUCAGGAGCCCCAGAAGCCCCCAGAGUCCCUGGAUCUCCCAGCAGCCUGGGAGUCUCAAGAGCCCCCGAAGGUGGAGGAGCCCCAGAAGCCCGCAGAGCCACAGAAAAUCCCAGCCCGGGAGCCCCCAGCAGCCCAGAAGCCUCAGGAGGCCCAGAAACCCCAGGAGGCCCAGAAGCCCCUGGAGCCCCCAGCAACUCAGGAGCCUCAGGCACAGCCAGAGGCCCAUGAGCUCCCAGCAGACUGGGAGGCCCAAGAGCCCCCAGACAGCCAGGAUGCCCCAGAGGCCCAGAAGCCCCAGAAUUCAGAACUCCAGGACCCCCCAAACACUGAGGAGUCACCAGAAUGCCAGGAGACCUCAGCACAGCUGGAGUUCCUUGAGCUUCCAGCUCCCCAGGAGCCUCUGGAGCCUCAGGUGCUGCAGGAGCCCCUGGAUCCUUCAGAUGCCCAGGAGCUCCUAGAACUCUCAGCACCUCAGGAGUCCCUGGAGGGCCUGAUAGUUGUGGAGACAUCAGCAGCUUCAGAAUUUCCACAGACCCUCAGUGGAUUAGAGGCUGCAGUUUUUCCCCUAGAAUACCCUUUAGCUUUCAGUGGGGACGCCCAGAAGCUUCCUGAGUUCCUGGUUCAACUGAACAGUUAUGUGAGAGUCAGAGGGCACCUAUAUCCCACUGAAGCAGCCUUGGUGAGCUUUGUUGGCAACCGCAUCUCAGGUGAGGCAGGAAGGUGGUUGCAGCCCUUAUUGGAUAUCCAAAGCCCCCUGCUGGAGCAAUUUGAAAGUUUCAUACAAGUGCUCCAGGACACUUUUGACAAUCCAGAAAACAUGGAAGAUGCCAACCAUUGCAUCCAUCAAUUCUGCCAAGGGGAGGGCCCUGCCCACCAGUAUGUGACCCACUUCCACCUCAUUGCUCAAGAGCUGAACUGGGAUGAAAGAACUCUCUGCAUCCAAUUUCAAGAAGGACUUGCCAGUUCUAUCAGAGAUGAACUGUCUCUCACAAGCCCAGCCACCAGCCUAUCUGAUCUGAUCACUCAGUGCAUCAGCCUAGGAGAGAAGCCUGACCCCAGUCCAUCAGGGGCAAGCCCCUCUGAAGAGAGAGAUGGGCCUGAAAGUCCACCAGCCAAAAACCAACCUAUGCAGGCUGCAAGCAACCGCCCACAUCUCAGUGAAGCUGAACGGGCCCGUCGCCGUGAAGGCCACUUGUGUCUCUACUGCGGUCAUCCUGGUCAUUUUGCCAGAGAUUGCCCUGCCAAGCCUCAUCGUGUACAGCAGGCGGGAAACAUCGAGGCCCGGCGGUAAGGGGGACCCCGGGCGGGCCAAUCUACAAAUACGCGUCCCCCUCUCUUCCAAUAUCCAUGUCCCGUACCCUAUGGCUGACUGUUGAAAUCCGACUGGGAAGACGGCAGUUCUUUGAGCAAGCAAUGGUGGAUUCAGGCUCC